AUGGCGGAUUCAAUUGUCACUUUAGAAGGUCUUAGUGAGUAUGAUGAUGGUGACAUUGAUAAAGAAAAUCUGAAUGCUUAUGAUACGUAUCAAUUCACACAGCAUCAGCAAGAAUUCUUAGAACAACAAGAACAAAACUUUAAAAAACAACAACAAUUAUCCUCACAAUAUCAGCAGCAGCUUUUAGAACAACAGCUACAAUUUUUAGAACAACAGCAACAACUCUUGGAACAACAAAAACAACAACCCAUACAAAAAAAAAAACAAUUUAAAAAACUCACACAACAAUUACAACAAAUGCAACAGCUCUUACAACAACAACAACACUUACAACAACAACAGCAACAAACACGACAGCAACAGCAACAGCAACAACAAGUUUUACAACAACAGCAACAAGCCUUACAAAAGCAACUUUUAGAAGUUUUAGAACAACAGCAGCAACUCUUACAACAACAAUUACAACAACCUCCACAAAAACAGCAACAAUUUUUACAACAACAGCAGAAACUAUUACAAAAACAGCAACAAUUAACACAACAACAACAACAACUCUCAAAACAACAACAACAGCAACAACCUUUACAACAACAGCAAGAGUUCUUGCAACAACAAAAAUUCUUGGAACAACAGCAAGAGCACUUACAACAACAGCAAGAACUCUUACAACUACUGCAACAAUCCACACAACAGCAACAACAGCAACUUCUCAUAGAAUAUAAACAAAAACCCACACAACACCAGCAACAUCUCUCAGAACUCUUAGAACAACGUCAACAACUCCUACAAAAACAGCAGCAAUUCACACAACAACAGCAACAACUCUUGCAAAAUCAGAAAAAAUUCACACACCUGCAAUUAUUACAACAAUUUGUACAAGGACAAGUUACAAUACCAAUCAGCCAGUUUGAUUUUGGAAAGCUUUCUAUAAUUAGUAAAGAUGACUAUACUAAUAUUUUAAGAGAUCGGGAGGAAUUGAAAAGCGAAAUCAAAAAAUUAGUGAAUAAAAACAAUGAAUCGGAAAGCAAAUCCAACAAGAUAAUCCAUGAAUUGAAAAUUACAUAUGAUGACUUGACUAGUAAAUACAAUGAAUUAGCAAAUCAAAAUAAAGAAUUGGAAAACAAAAAUGAAUUUAUGAGGGAUUUUAUAAAUUUUGGGAGUCAAUCAAUUAAAAUCCAAGAAUUGGAAACCAAGAAUAAUGAAUUGAAAAGUGACUUUGAUAAAAUGAUCAAUGAAUUAAAAAGUGAAAAAAAUGAAUUGGAAAGUAAAUUCAAUAAAAUGAAAAGUGGAAAAGAUAAAUUGGAAAGAAAAAACAAUCAAACAAUCAGUGAAUUGAGAAAUAAAAGCAAAAAACAAGAUCAAACAAUUAGUAAAUUUAGUAAUGAAAACAAUAAAUUGAAAAGUGAAGUCAAUAAAUUGGAAAGUAAAUUGAAAAGUGAAAACAAUGAAUUUGAAAGUAAAAACAAUGAUCAAAUAAUCAAUGAAUUGAGAAAUAAAAGCAAAAAACAAGAUCAAACAAUUGGUAAAUUUAGUAAUGAAAACCAUAAAUUGAAAAGUGAAGUCAAUAAAUUGAAAAGUGAAGUCAAUAAAUUGGAAAGUAAAUUAAAAAGUGAAAACAAUGAAUUUGAAAGUAAAAACAAUGAUCAAAUAAUCAAUGAAUUGAGAAAUAAAAUCAAAAAACAAGAUCAAACAAUCAGUAAAAACAAUAAAUCAAUCAAUAAAAAUAGUAAUACCAUCAAUAAAUUGAAUAAUGAAAACAAUAAAUUGAAAAGUGAAAACAAUAAAUUGAAAAGUGAACUCAAUAAAUUGGAAAGUGAAGUCAGUAAAUUGAAAAAUGAAAAAAACAAUGAUGACAAUAAAUACGGCAUUUUUUUAUAUAAAUAG